AUGCAGCAGGAUCCCAGGAGAGAUGAUGACGAUGGAGCUGUGCCUCCGCGGGCGGCGGCUGUGGCUAUGUCGGGGAUAGCCCAUCCUGGCAAAAAUGACGUAAAGUUUGGGAGGGGAGGUGAUACCAACUAUCAUAUUGGGAAUACUCGGUUUCGUCACUUUGUCGCCCCGUACAAACGGCGGUAUCAGACGUCGUCUAGAGAGGGACGACACGCUGUGGUAGGAGAGAUUGUCGCAGCUUGGAGGAACCAGCACCCAGCUGGAAGGUUUCUCAUUCGUACGAACCCAGCAGAUAGAGAGAACAGCCUGUGGCACGACGUUGGGGACGAGCAAGCCUUCAAGAAGACCGUGAAAGUGCUUGGUGAGGGUUUGGGUGUCAAACGCCGCAAGAGGAGCCCCACAGCGACUCCUUCAAGUCAACGUGGUGCGGGAGCAGCAGCUGCAGGUGCUACCGCCGCUGCAGCUCCAACCGCCGUGGACCGUAAUGGCGCCCCGACCGUCCCUGCAGGAGAACUAGUUUCUCUGAUGCCGCCCCCCGGUGCAUCAAAUUCGAAUGGACUGCAGCUGAACUUGGGAGCCUAUGAGGAUACGGUGCCUGCAAAUCUUGUGGAUCCAAACCAGGCUCAAAUAGGCUUGGGAUCUGGCGCGCCAUCACCGGAUGUCCUGCCUUCAGCUGCGGUCCUACCUUCAGCUGCUGUUCCAGAUGCUGCUUCAGAACGGGCAAAUGCUGCACUCCUCGGAGGUGACGAGUCACUGGCCAAUGACGACACGGCGGGAUCUCCACAAGACAGUGCUGGGCUAGACGGAAGUGCCGAGAACCCAGGUCCACAUGGUUGGAUGGGACCCCCCACGAAUCAGCCAGGCAGCGCCGCACAACGGUUGCAGGAUCAAGUCCCUGUGGCGGCAUCGCUGAUUACAGUGUUUGGCAGUGGGGGUUCCGGCAGUGAUUCCGAGAAGAAACAAAGCCCAGAACAGGCCGCACGAGAUGCGCAAAACUAG